UGUUAAAUGACUAAAUCACGAUUCUUCUUUUGAAACUAUCAAACACACAAAAUUGCAGAAAAAAAAAAUAAACAUCUGGUCCGUAAAACACAAAACAUGUAUCAAGAAAAAGGCAUUCUAGUAUCUGUGUUAAUCUUUCUGAUUUUCCGGUUUUGCACUUGUAUUGACACCAUCACACUCACCCGACCGGUUAAUGAUGGGGAUAUUUUGGUCUCCAGUGGAGAAAACUUUGCUCUUGGAUUCUUUAGCCCCGCAAACUCCACCAACAGAUACGUGGGUGUCUGGUAUAACAAGGUUUCUGAGCAAACUGUGGUUUGGGUUGCCAAUAGAGACCAGCCAAUCACCAACUCAUCCGGUAUCCUAUCGGUUGAUGAAACCGGGAACCUUGUCCUACACGAAAAAGAUCAAGGCCUUGUGUUUUGGUCAACCAAUGUUUCCGGAGUGGUGAAUGAUGUUUCGGCUCAGUUGUUGGAUUCGGGGAAUUUGGUGUUGUUUCAAGGACUAGUUAACAAAGAGGUUUAUUUAUGGCAGAGCUUUGAUCACCCUUCAAAUACUCUUCUUCCGGAUAUGAAGUUCGGGUUGGAUAAGAAAACAGGUUUGAACCGAGUGGUUACAUCUUGGAAGUCUACUGGGAAUCCGGGUGUGGGAGAUUAUUCUUGUAAAUUGGAGUUUGUUGGGUCACCUCAGUUGUUCCUGUUUCAUGGUAUGACAAAAGUGUGGCGGACCGGGUCAUGGACGGGUCUCCGAUGGAGUGGUAUACCCGAGAUGGACGGGAAGGAUCUGUAUAAUGUUACCUACACAAACAACAACGAUGAGGUGGUGAUCGUUUACCAGAUGCGUAACUCAACCAUUUUUUCAAGAAUAGUCGUUACCGAGUCUGGAACCAUGGACAGGCUAACUUGGCAAGAGGCAGAUCGCAAGUGGGUUAGGUUCUGGUCCGCUCCAAAUGACCAGUGUGAUGGCUACAACCAUUGUGGUCCUUUUGGUCUUUGUGAUCCAUACAGAUUAGGCACUUUUGAGUGUGAUUGCCUUCCCGGAUAUGAGCCACGGUCACCACAGAAUUGGUAUUUAAGGGACGGUUCCAAAGGGUGUAAGAUAAAGCCUGGAACACAGAUGUGCAAGGCCGAGACGGGUUCGUUGAGGCAGCCCAUGUUAAGGUGCCUGACACAUCAAACGCACGUGUGAACAUGAGUUUGGGAUUAAAAGCGUG